AACACGAUGUUGAGAGCGCCGCUUUCAUAUCUUCCAAUCACGUGCUAGUGAAUUGUAAAAGCUAUAGAAAUGUAGGUCUCGGAGAACCAAUCGUAGCUUUUAGCCACGACCACUGGUGUUAUUGCAGCCAAUUGGGUUUCGAGAAACACCGUCUUCACUCAACAGCUUGUUAUUUCGUUUAUUGCUUUGCAAACCUGGCAAGUGGAUAAUAGUCACAUCGCCGAUGUAAGUAUGGGUUUUCUGUUUUUCAGUGCUCGGACACCCAUCGAGCUGGAAUCGUUCAAAUAGCCGCCACGAUGAAGGCAGCCGAUGAGCCUGCCUACUUGACAGUGGGGACUGAUGUCAGUGCAAAGUAUCGCGGUGCCUUCUGUGAGGCAAAAAUCAAGACUGUCAAGAGGAUGGUGAAGGUCAAGGUGGUACUUAAGGGGGACAGCACCUCACAGGUUGUUCAAGAUGAUCAAGUUAAAGGACCUUUAAGGGUAGGGUCCACAGUAGAAGUGAAGAGCCCAGAAGGUGGCCUUAGCGAGGCAGUCAUCAGCAAGCUCACCGAUGCCAGCUGGUACACUGUGGUAUUUGAUGACGGGGACGAGAGAACACUUCGGCGGACAUCUCUGUGCCUGAAAGGCGAACGACAUUUUGCUGAAAGCGAGACUUUGGACCAGUUGCCCCUUACUAACCCAGAGCACUUCGGCACGCCUGUCAUUGGGAAGAAAACAAACCGAGGGCGGAGGUCAUCGCUGCCUGUUGCGGAGGAUGAGAGAGAAUCAUCAUCCAGUGAGGAAGAAGAGGAAGACAGGCGGCGGUUAAACGAUGACCUCCUAGGCAAGGUGGCCUGUGUUCAGACAGGGAUGGAUCAAACAUCCUGGUACCUGGCCCUCGUGAUUUCACCCAGCUGCAAUGAUGAUCUGACCGUCAAAAAGGACCAAUGUUUAGUGCGAUCGUUUGCAGAUUCCAAGUUCUACACUGUAGCAAGAAAAGAGGUCUGCGAAUUGGAUGUGGACAGCAUCUCCAAGUUAGAGUUUUCCUGCAAGAAAGGAUGCGAUGAAGCUCUGCUCUUUCUCAACACGAAGACAAUACCAGAGAGUUGGAAGAUGGACAUGAGUGAGAUCCUGGAGUCGUCCAGCAGUGACGACGAGGAUGGAGAAGAUAAGGACGGUGAGGAAGAAGAAAAAGAAGCAGAUGAAGAAGAGCCGGAAAGUGAGCCAGACCCUGAGGAGAGGGACCAUUUCCUGCAGCAGCUCUAUAAGUUUAUGGAGGACAGGGGUACUCCAAUUAACAAGCCUCCUGUUCUGGGCUACAAAGAUUUGAACCUCUUCAAGCUCUUCAGGCUGGUGUACCACCAAGGCGGCUGUGACAACAUUGAAAGUGGGGCUGUGUGGAAGCAGAUCUACAUGGACCUGGGUAUUCCUGUUUUGAAUUCAGCUGCAUCCUACAAUGUAAAGACAGCCUAUAGAAAGUAUCUUUAUGGCUUUGAAGAGUAUUGCCGGUCAGCCAAUAUUCAGUUCAGGACCAUCCAUCACAAUGACCCCCGACCUCCUCCUAGGAAGGAGGAGAAUGCAGAGGUGAAGGAUGAGGCACACAAUGGGUCUCAGCAGCUUGAUGUGGAGCUGUCAAAGGAAGUGGAGGCCGAACAUGCAGUGGGAGAGGAGAAGGCCUCUGUGGAUAAAGAUGAGUCAGGCAGUGAAAGUGAGAAGGAAGAACACAAAGAGAUGCGCUCCCCCAGGGGGAGAAGAAGGUGCACAAUCACACCUCUCAAAUCAGAUGCAAAGGAGUCAGCCAAACUGGAGAAAAUAAAGGAGGAGAAGGGGCAAGAACAUGAAGAGAGGUCUGAAGAGUCCCACCAAGGGGAUGAGAAGAGCAGGCAAAGUGAGGAUGCUCCCUCUAAGAGGGGUAAACCUGAACGGCGCAGCCGCCGACUCGAGGACUCGGACAAGGAUUCGGAUGAUGAGGAGCAGGAGGAUUAUGACGAAGACAGUGAAAGAGCCAGACCUGCAGAAAGGGGUGAGAGAGAGACCGAGGAAGAUGGGGACGAAGAUUCUGAGCACUCCCUCACCGGGACAAAGGUCAAGGUGAAGUAUGGCCGUGGCAAGACGCAGAAGAUUUAUGAAGCGAACAUCAAGAGCACUGAGACUGAUGACGGCGAGGUUCUGUACUUGGUGCAUUACUACGGCUGGAAUGUGAGGUAUGAUGAGUGGGUCAAAGCAGACAGAAUAAUCUGGCCUGUUGACAAAGGAGGAACCAAAAGGAAACAGAAAAAGAAAGUGAGAAAUAAAGAAGAGGCUGAGAAGGAGGAGCGGAGCGAGAAGGAGGAGGAAAAGGAGAAGCAGUCAAAGCCAGUGGCCAAACGGGGACGCCCACCACUCAGGUCUACUCCUCCCAACGUCCCUCGCAGCGUCUCCAAGACACCCAGCAAUGAUGGCCGUUCCAGCAGCAAGGGAUCCCGCCAGGAGGCUUUAGCUGUUCCCAAUGGAGAAGGAACUCCACGUCGACGGACAAGACGAUCAUCUGGCAUGUAUGACUCCGACAGAGGAUCUAAUGAAGAGUCUGGGAACUCAUCGUCAGACAGUGACUCUGAGGGCUCCCCGGAGAAGAAACUCAUGCGGGUAGAGAACCUUGAUCCUGCAUUAGCACUGAAGGAGGAAGAAGAGGAUCAGCAAGCACAGAAGUCUUUGACUGGCAAACUGCCACCUGAAUCAGAGACUCUUGCUAGGCCUGAGGGACACCAGGUUGAGCCGCCCAUACUUCCAGGGGAUGUCCUGAAUGUAAUGGAUUCAGAGCAGCAGGCAGAGGAGGGUGUCAUGGCCCCUGACUCGCAGAAACCUUCGGAGUCACGAGAGGAAGAGAAGUCUCCCAAGCCGAAGGGUAGGAGAGGCAGGUAUAAGGAGCAAGAUUUGGAGACCUCUCCUACAAAACGGGCAGUUGCCGCACACCACAUGGAAGAGGUAUCCACUGACCUGCUCUCUUUAAGAAAGCUGGAGGAGGAGCACCGUGAGCCCCUAGAGAUCCUCUUGUCCCACUCUCAGCAGGAGCGCAAUGACUCUGACACAGACUCAGCCACCGAGGAGAUCUGCUCGGAGGACACAAAACUCCCCAAAAGCAAGUCACCUGAGGAGCGAACUCCUGAGAGGAAGGUGCGUAUUGAGAUGCGAGAAGAACCUGAGAGUGUCUCGCCUGAGAGGAGGUUGCAGUUGUUGCCGAAAGGUGAUGACCGUUUACCUGUCAAAGAGGUGGAUAUCAAACCUGAGAUGCCUGCCCUCACCAGUGAGGUGAGCAAAGCCAAAGCUGUAUUAGGAGCAGACCCUAUGGGUGAGGAGCCUGCGCUGAGUGCAGAUGAAGAGCUGAUGCCCCAGAUCGGGCUGGAGGCGCUUCUCUGCCAUGAGGUGGAUCUGGAUGACCUUGAUGAGAAAGAAAAACCCCCCAGUGAGGAACUGCUGAUAAUGAUGAGGAGCGAGGAGAGGGCCUGCCAGUUUGCACCACCCCCGGCUCUGCACCCCCACAGCAACCCCCCCUCAGUGGUGGCCCAGCAGGCUUUGUCGCCCAGCACAACCCCUAGCCCCAGUGAAUCGCAGAGCACUAAAAGUGAGAGCGACGUCACCAUUGAGGUGGACAGUGUAGCGGGCGAGGGCCUGUGCGAGAGCGAGUCGGCCAACGGCUUCGAUGCAAGCACCAGCUCCAGCAGCUCCAGUGUCGUGCUCCAGGACAGGGAUGGCAAGGACAGAGGUCAGAAACGGUCGAUGGACUGCAGUAACAGCUCAUCUGCAAAGAAGCAAAAGCGCAAUCAGAAGCACUCUAGCACAGCGUUGAAAGGCGAGAAGCCUGGGGCAGGGCACAGCAGUGACAGCGAGGAUCUGCUCGCCACAGACACCCCAAGCAAGCUUACUCCAGUGAAGCACUCCAGCAUGUCUAAGAUGCAAAAACUUCCACGAUCCCCAGCACUGGGCUCUUCCCACAGCAAGGAUGGGGACAAGGACAAGCACAGGGACAAGCACGCCUUUCUCUCCCCGCGCACGUACAAAUGGACCUUCCAGCUGACUGAAUUGGAGAAUAUGACGAGUACAGAGCGCAUCACCUUCCUGCAGGACAAACUGCAGGAAAUCAGGAAGUACUACAUGUCACUUAAGUCUGAAGUGGCUUCCAUUGAUCGCAGGCGGAAGAGGUUAAAGAAGAAGGAAAGAGAAGUGUCCCACACCGCAGCCUCCACGUCCUCAGGCUCCUCAGACACAGGCAUGAGCCCAUCCUCUGCCUCACCUGCUCAGAACACAGUGGCCGUGGAGUGCAGGUGAUAUCACGCUCUCCCCAGCUGCCCAGCACCCGUUUCUCUCUGCCUUUCCAGCAUCCAGCUGCCUCCCCGGAGACAUGAACUGAGACAGAGACUGAGACUGAGUCAGAGCAAGUGGCCAGAAACACUCAAGCACCCCCCCCCUCGCCUCGCCCACUUCUCCAGUCCAGUGUGAGGCCACGCUCACUUCCUGCACUUUCUGAACUGGUCUUGCCUCAUCCUCCUUCCACAUCCCAGUUGCCAGUUGCGUCAGGAAAGGGAUUCUGUGACAUGAAUGUAAGAAUAAAUUGGAGAUUGGUUCUCAAGCCCUUCCUGUCGUACGUCAUUUUUGCAGUUCAAGGCACUUUGUUCCUCCUUUGACAAAAGAAAACAAACUUGUCCUUUGGGUUCCAGUCGCAGGACUGGUUUGGAUGCAGUAUCGUUCCUUUUCCAUUCAUUAUAAGAAGGCAAAUGCCAGGCAAUGUGUGUGAAAUGGGUCCUUUUUGGCAAUGGUCACUGUUAUCCGGCUGGACUUGGCUUGUAAAAGGUCAAUUCUGCUCAUUUGCUCAAUCAGAACUGCCAAAGUACGCGUGUUACAGCAGAGUGCCCUAUUUUGAAAAAGUGGAACAAAUUCAGUUGCAACAGGCAAUAUAGUUCACUGAAAACCACAGUUGUUGUCUUCCUCUCCGGUAGUGUCUGAGCACAGGUGAAUUAUGCAAAACUGUUUUUUUUCUUUUUUCCAUUGUCUUUAAAAAGAAAACAAAAUGUUUACAGUGGAACAAGGGUAAAAUGUUUUCAGUGGACUAAUUUCCUCUGCAAGUGUAUUUUGUCUUUUUAUAUGUAAUUGCAGAGUUUUUAUUUUAUUAUGGGAAAUUUCAAAAAAGUAUAUAUCUCAGCCAUGAAGUUAUUUAAUGAAAGAUUUCUAGAGCUGAAAUUUUGUGUAAAAUAAAGGUAUUGUCUUGCAACUUGUGAAAUAUAUUUAUUCAGACACUGAACAUAACAUUUUUAUGUAUUUUUUACAACUAAAGCAGAUUGGUACCUUUCGCAUUCGGUUAAGACAGUGGGGAAAAUGUGAUUGGAAGAAUAUCAUAAGCUUAUCUACAAAUAAAUUUUGACAACUGUGUUGUACAUUGACUCUCCCUGACCUAUGGGCCCAAUAUAUAAAUAUAUUUUUUAAGGAUCGCCACAACUUGAUAGAUUUUUUUUUUUUUUCUUGUU